GCGCGCUGAGUCCGGACACACUUCUGACAAUCUCAGAGACACAGAGCCCAGAAAACGACACAAAACUCAGAGAAAAUGUACUCACGAUCAGACAGCGUGACCAUGACGGUCCAGCGGGAAAGCUUCGCCUUCUCCCGGAUGGCCACCCGCAGCACCGAGCCCGAGGUCUUCACCUUCGAGCGGAUACCGGCGCAGGCCACCGCCGUGCGCUCCUACGUGCCAAUCCGGCCGAAGAAGCGCUGCACCCGGGUGAUGUACCCUGCUAAAGUCCGCAUGCACCUCCCGCCGCCGGAGAAGAACCAGGCCAAGCGCUGGCUCAUCAUUUUGUGCCUGGUGGUGCUGUGGCAGAUCUACACCGAGGAGCCGUGCGCAGAGACGCCGCUGAGCAGCGCGGACAGCGCGGUCGCCGACUACCAGGGCUUCCCCUUCCAGUCUGCGGAGGAGGAGGCGCGGCAGCUGGCGGGGCUCAGCCCCGGCUCCGAGCUCCUGUCCGCCGCAACGAGCAGCUGCGAGGACGAGCACAUGAUCCCGAACACCUGCCCCAAAACCGGCCAGGACGCAGAAAGCUUCGAGCAGAGCGCCGCCGGGAAGAGCAUGGUGGCCCUGCUGGUCUACCACAGACUGGGCAGCGACAACUGAACCCCUGACCUGAACUGGUUCACCUGUAAACCGCCAGAGAGCGGGAUCCAAAACUGACCCGAGCUGGAGUUGAUCCUGAGCGGCUGCCGGAGGACAGCGGUGCGCCCCGCGACGCGCAGCCGCGCGCAGAGCUCCAAACACCGGCCUCUCGCUACCAGCAGUCCCCCCUGAGAGCCAGAGAGGAGGACAGUCUGGGAGAGAGGAGAAAAGAGGAGAAGAAAGAACUGUGAACACUUCUGAAAAACUGAAACUUGAACUAAAAACACUUGAACUGCGUGUGAUUAAUUAUUUUUCACACAAACUAACUGCACUUACAGCCUGCGGGAUGUUUUACAAGUUUAAAACGUCAAGAAAAACUUUUCCUCCUGCAGGCUGAAACUGACAAUGUCUGUUGUCUAAAUGUCUUAUUUAGUUAUUUAUUGUAUUUGCUAUUUAUUGAUUAAUAAUUUUAAUAAAAUGUCUAAAUGAA